AGUGAUCGAGCCAGUGUUUUGGGUUCGCAAGCGAUCGAAUCUGGGGAAGGUUUAGACAAUGACUGCGCCUGACAAGGGAAAGCUUCACAUUUCCACGCCUCUUAAUGAAAGUCUGGCACUGUCCAAAGUAGCAGGCACGAAGGUGUACAUGAAACUGGACAACACACAGCCAACGGGAUCUUUCAAAAUGAGGGGAAUUGGUCACUUCUGUCAAAAGGCUGCGGAGAAUGGCUGCAAGCAUUUCGUGUGUUCGUCGGGAGGCAAUGCUGGGCUAGCAGCUGCCUAUGCUGCUCAAAAGCUAAGGAUUCCUGCUACCAUCAUGGUUCCCAGUAGCACUCCGGCCUUCACCAUUGAGAGACUGAGAGAAUAUGGAGCCACUGUGGAAGUGGUUGGGAAGGUUUGGGAUGAAGCUAAUGAACAAGCUGUGAAACUGUCUAAAAACAAUGGCUGGUCUUAUGUCUCCCCCUUUGACCAUCCCUGGAUCUGGGAGGGGCACUCGAGUCUGGUGAGGGAGCUCCGAGGGUCUCUGCCAACCAAACCCGGAGCUGUUGUCCUGUCGGUCGGAGGCGGGGGGCUUCUCUGCGGGGUGGUCCAGGGGCUGAAGGAAGUGGGAUGGUCCGAUGUACCUGUCAUCGCUGUGGAGACGAAAGGGGCCGAGAGUUUGAACGCCUCUGUUAAGGCUGGGCAGUUGGUCACUCUCCCUGACAUCACCAGUGUGGCCAAAAGCUUGGGAGCUAAAAGUGUAAGCAAGAAGGCGUUGGAAACAACACUGGAGUAUAGGGUUCACUCUGAAGUAGUGACUGACUGUGAAGCUGUGCGAGCUGUAGAGAAAUUUCUGGACGAUGAGAGGAUGUUGGUGGAGCCGGCGUGUGGAGCCUCUCUGGCUGCCGUCUAUAGUGGUGUUGUCUGUCGUCUGCAGAGGGAGGGGAAGCUGCCCUCGAACCUUCGUUCCCUGGUGGUGAUUGUGUGCGGGGGCAGCGGAAUCACCGUCCAACUCCAGCAAUACAAACAGCAACUGGGGCUGGACUGAAAAAAAUCACAGAGAAUCCUGUGGUGUGGUGGGUACAGCCCUUGUCUCGCAAUCAAGUGGACCCGGGUUCG